GAUCGAAAGCAGAGCCCUCUGCAGCACAACGCGCUGGAAACCGGCUCCCUCGCUUAGUCGAGAGGAAAGGAGGAGAACGGCACCGGGGCAAAGCCUGUUUGUGAAAACAGGUAACAGCUGAAGCGCUGGGUGUCAGGACGCAGCCACCAUAACUAAUAACUAAUGAAAGCUUCAGGUGUGGCUGGUUGAGGGAUUUGCCUCGUACCUGGCUGUGUUCAGAGGGGUGGAGGAAGGAAGGAAGGAAGGAUCCUCCUGUGGUGGCUCUGAGUGUUGGAGGGUGCAGGGGGCCUGCUCAUGGCAGCACAAACGUCCCCCUCGGACUGCUCUGAGGUCAUUGAUCACAGCCAUGUUCCUGAGUUCGAGGUUUCCCCGUGGAUCAAGAUCACUUUGGCCAUUCUCUACACGCUGGUCUUUGUGGCGGGGAUCUUGGGCAACAGCAUCACUAUCAAGACCACCAGGAUCCUGCAGAAGAAGGGCUACCUGCAGAAGGAGGUCACGGAUCACAUGGUGAGCCUGGCCUGCUCCGACCUGCUCGUGAUCCUGCUUGGCAUGCCUGGAGAAUUCCUCAGCGCCAUAUGGAGGCCCUUCUCCACCCCCAACGGCAACGUGGUUUGCAAGCUUUACUGCUUCCUUUUCGAAGCCUGCAGCUACGCCACAGUUCUGCAUGUGGCUACUCUCAGUUUCGAGAGGUACGUGGCCAUCUGCCAUCCCUUCAAGUUCAAGGCCGUCUCCGGACCCCGCAAGGUGAAGCUGCUCAUCACCUUUGUGUGGGUGACGUCUGUCGUUGUGGCUCUGCCCCUGCUCUUUGCCAUGGGCACGGAGUAUCCGUUGGAAAUCAUCGAGGGCUACCAAGGCGUGACGGCCUGUGUUAAGCCUAUGCCCCGGCACCACAUCCCCGAGUUGAGGCUCAACAUGACCAUCUGCACCAACCUCUCCUCCAAAUGGCCCGUCUUCCAGGCCAGCAUCUUCAGCGCGUUUGCUGUCUACAUCAUUGUGCUGGGCGCCGUGGCCUUCAUGUGCCGCAGCAUGAUGAAGACCCUGAUGAUCAACAAGAAAGGAACCGUUGCAGUGAAGGGACACCAGGAGCAGCCGCUGAGGAAAAACCAAAGCUCGGACAGCAAGAGCUCCAGGAGACAGAUCAUUAUAUUCCUUGGGCUCAUCGUGGCCACGCUGGCCGUGUGCUGGCUGCCCAACCAGGUGCGCAGGAUCAUGGCCGCGGCGAAGCCCAAGCAGGACUGGACGGUGCCCUACUUCCACGCGUACAUCACGCUGCUGCCCGUGGCCGACACCUUCUUCUACCUGAGCUCGGUGGUGAACCCGCUGCUCUACAACGUGUCGUCGCGGCAGUUCCGCCGCGUCUUCGUGCAGGUGCUGCGCUGCCGCCUGGCGCUCGAGCACGCCGGCAAGGAGCGCCUGCGGCGGGCCCGUCCCAGCGCCGCCAGCAGCGCCCGCUCGCUGCGCCCGCUCGUCGGCAGGGCACCCCAGGGCGGCUCUUCCAGCGCCAGCGCCAACGGGCUCUUCCUGAGCACCUUCUCAAGAGCUUCCAAGGYGGGAUGUGGCCAGCGGGAGCCGUCYCCUGGCUCGCUGGAGCCCAGCGAGGAGCGAGCGAUGCUGGAGAGCGGCUCGGAGCCCGGCGCCGAGGCRCACAACGGCCGGUGCGAACACGAGAUGUGACUUGGCAACGUCAGUGAUCAGUAA